UAACUCCGAUUUGUUUUAUUUGCCUUUGCACCCCACGAAUAAUCUACGAUGUUUCUGCCUCGCAGCACUGAAAUACUGUAAAGGAUCAAGUUACAAGUGCAGCUACUCAAAUUGCGUGCAACUCGGAUCUAAGUGGACUUUGACUGCAAUGAACGCGAAUGGGAAUGGAGGCGCGGCCAACUCAGGUGGCGCUGGCGCUAUGGGUGGUGUAGGUGCACGCGGAGGUGGUGCUGGCGUGCAGGGUGCAGGUGCAGGUGCAGGUGCAGCUGCAGGUGCAGCUGCUGGCGGCGCAGUUGCUGCUGGAGCUGGCCCGGCUCCAGCCGCCGGAGCCGAGGCAGCACCCAACGCCAAUGGCAACGGCUCAAACACAGGCGGCGACCCCAGCGAGGACCAGGAGGCAAAGAGGCGCAAGUGCUUGGAGACGGAGGACACCCAGGAUGGUGCAAGCACAAUGAUCGACGCCAACAGCGUGCUGAACAAGAUUGCUCACCUCUAUGCGGAGCAGCUGAUGUCGGACAUAGUGCUGCUGGUGGAUGGCAAGGAGUACCCCGCCCACCGGGUCAUACUCUCCGCCAGCAGCGACGUCUUUCAGGUGAUGCUGAUGAACCCCGAGUGGAACGAGUGCAGCAAGCGCGUCAUCGAGCUGCACGAGGAGGACUGCUGUGCGGCCGUCUUUCCGCAGUUCAUCAAAUAUCUGUAUGUGGGCCACAUCGAGGUGACGCUGCAGACGGUCAUGCCCAUGCUGGCCAUCUCCGAUAAGUACAAUGUGCGCGAUCUCAUCGAUCUGUGUGUGGGCUACAUGACGAAGCAUGUGGCGAAGGCAGCGACCAGCGGCUACCUGGUCUCCUGGCUGCAGUACACGCACACACUCUCCUUUUCGCCCACACACAAUGAUCUCACCGAGACGCUGAAGCGUUUCCUCAAGUGGAACCUCGAGAUGGUGGCCGAGUCCAAGGACUUUGUCGAAAUGGAUCCAGCCAUACUCGAGCUGCUGCUGCAGCAGAACGACAUCGUCAUCUCCAGCGAGUACAAGAUGUUCACGAUCCUGCAGACCUGGCUGCUGCAUCGUCGCAAGCUCAUCGAGAGCUCGCCACACACCAGCAUAGAGAAGGUGAACACCUUCAUGGAACUGAUCGAGCAGACAGUCAUGCACAUUCGCUUCGGCAUGAUGACCCCGCGCCAGCUGUCGCAUCUGCUAAUAGAUCCACUCACCGAGUACCACAAGGAGUUCCUAGUCGAGCGCAUUGCCAUUGGCAUGAGCUACCAGUCCGGACAGGAGGAUCGCGUGCGUCAGGUGCGCUGCAGCGAGUUUGGCGAGCUGCAGUUCACGCCCAGACUCUACUGGAACGACACCUGGAGUGUCGACAUCAAUGUGCCACACUUCGAUCGCAUCGAGCGCUACGUCAACUAUGUGACCUGCUUCUUUUCACAGCGCAGCAUUGCGGAAACUGACGAUGAUCCUUGCAUGACCUGGGAGAUUGAGUUCUUCCCGCGCGGCGUUAAGUAUAAUAGAGCCAAAAUGGUUUGGGGCGAGGAUGUGCCUGGCUGCUACCUGAACACGGUGCGCUUGCGUGUCACCUGCAAGAAUCAGAACAUUGACGAGGAGCGCUUCAAGAUUACUGUCCUGAUUGUGGGCGUGCAGAAUCAGAUAACGCACAUUCGUACCAUGGUGGAGCGCACCGAGUACUUUUCGGAUACAUCGCGCGUCAUCAAUUUGGACAAUCUGCUGCCGUACGAGGAGCUGGAGCAGGAGUCAACAUCAUUGAGUCCACACUUGAGUGGUAAUCAGCGCAACACGCUCACCCUCCACGUGGUGAUCACGCCAAUGGGCAAACACACGUGCCGCGAAACGCCGCCAUUUCAGUUCUAAAUGUUUGAAACUCAUCCCAGUCCCACAUCCACAUCCACAUCCACACCCUUCCUAUUCCUCCCCACCCCAUCUCGUUGGCCCAUUGUACCUACGGUAGCUACGAUACUUCGCUUUCCAUUUACAUUUUAUGUGUGUGUGUGUGUGGGCCAGAUCUCCACGAUCUCCACUCCCCUGUCCUCAUCCUCAUCCUCCUCCUCCGCCUCCGCCUCCUCAAAGAAAGGUGUAUUUAAUAUGUUAUGAACAAAUUAUUUUUGUUUAUUCUCUGUCUAAGUUAAAGAUAAACAAAUUAGGAAGGAAGCUUAAGGCCAGGGCCAUUAUUUCAGUAUCGAACCCUAGCAAUUAGCGCGUUGUUUACACGGACACACUGUCCGCACACUGUCCGUUGGCCGCAGACCCCUCAUCCAGUGCUCUAUUGUAUGUAGUGUUUCGCACUAUACUAAAAAUAUUCUAACUACUUUAAUCAUUGACUUUGUAUAGCAACACAAACUUUGACUUUCGCCUCUCCUUCUUCGUUGCCAUGGCCCAGAGGAGUGCGACAUCGUUCAAAUAGAGACAGAGACAGAGUGCUCGCUCCACUAGCACUGCUCGUGUUCUCUUUUGCUGUGUGUCCCCCAGCCUUGGAUAAGUUUUAGUGCUUUACAGCUAAUAGACAUGUGAAUACGCGCAUCACGUACAGACAUAUCUAUGUACAAUAUGUUGAUCCGUUUAUGGCUGGGACUUAUUCCAACUAUCUGUCCUAUCUUUACUGCUUACGCAUUACUGUAAGACGACACAACGGACAACGUACGGACAGAACAGGACAUCGAAUAGUCAUGGCUUGGAGUCGACAAAGCUUUCGAGAUUGUGUGUGUCUGUUAUUCCUAUCGGAAAACAAAUUGGAUCGGCUAUUGAUUUGUGUCCGGUCCGGUCUGAAAUAAGCAAAUGUAUCGACUAAUUUUAGCUCUAAAUGUAAUAAAACAUCGAGCCAAUCGAAAUAAUAUUGGCCAUAUAAAACUGUAA